CCGCACACACAGAUGGACCGAUGCCCAAUGCAGGAUCCGCAAACCGCACACAACAUAGCGGAAGCGACGGCGAAGAUUAACCUGUCGAACACGCGUUUGUCCUCCAUGGACUGCGCCACGAUCUCCUACGCCGUGAGGAGCCGGAGCAACCCUCUGGAGACCCUCGCGUUGAACAACUGUGGCCUCCGGCAACGGGAGGUGAAGGAACUUGUUCCCGCAAUGGAAAUGUGCAAGGAAUUGAGCCUGGACAGGAAUGAGUUUGCGGACCUCGGCAUGAGGCAUCUGGCGGAGGGUCUGGCCAAGGGAGGACGGCAUUUGAAGGAGUUGCGGCUUUACAGGUGCGGAUUGACAGAGGAGUCUGGCGCUGACCUCCGUGACAUAAUCAACUCAUGCCAUGGUUUGAGAAAGCUCUUGCUCAGUCAUAAUGUUCUCAAGGACGCGGGCAUCAAAAUUCUUGCGGAGGGUACCUCCGGAGGAGGCGUACAUUUGGAGGAACUGGAUUUGUGGGACUGCUCCUUGACGGAUGAUUCUGGCUCAGCUCUACGCGACAUCGCCGUCAACUGCUGCCACUUGAGGAAACUCAAGCUCAACGACAACAAGCUCAUGGAUGCCGGCAUGAGGAUGUUGGCGGACGGAGUGUCUCAAGGGAAAGGGCGUUUGGAGGAGUUGCAUAUUUGGAACAACUCGCUGACCGAGGACUCGGGUCCUGCGCUUUACGACAUCGUUGCUGCGGGCCAAGGCCUCAAGGAGCUCGGGUAAGUUCUGAACCUUUUCCUACACCACAUCAA